GAAGCUUACCGAACUUGGCUACUAAGAAAAAUUUAUCUAACUACCAUGGGUGAAAGGAAGUGUACUUAUAAGUACUUAAGUACUGAAAUGGUAACUAUUUCACAUAAUUUACACCUUGGUCUACCCAAGUCUAACAUGAAUGAAUAGCACGCAAUGCAUAAUACCUAGCUACCUAGGUAGUUAAUUUAAUUAGUAACGUAACGUCAAAGUCAAGUUCAUGUAGACUCUCUAGGUACCAUAACAUAACUCCCAGCCAUCCAUUUGACAGAGGUCAACUCUCGGUUAAAGAGCAUUAAGUCCCUUUGAGGUCAAUCAUCAAUCAAACAAACACGUAGCAUAGUAUAUACAGAGACUGUUGAUACGCCUACCUAUAUGUAGACCAGCAGGCGGGUUCAUUCACAUGCUAAAAUUGUCAAUAACAAAAUGAAAAUGAACUUGGUUAGUGGCUGCAGUACUGCGCAGGAAUCAGUUGCGCAGAAGAUCCUGCAUUGCUACAAAAGUUUGUGUCCACGGACGUCGAAUAAAGUGAUAUUCAUUUUCAAUUAGUCCCCUUUCCCCGUCGGGAAAACUCGUGCGUGGUGUAAAGUGAUUGCUGUGGUGUCCAGUCGAACAUGUGCCGGUGAUCCUUUGGUGCUUACAAUACGAAUGUGAGGAAGUAAAAGGGAAACACUUGUAUCCAACAACAUGGACAACGAGCAGCCCCAUCAAGAGCUGGUGAAGUGCGUGGUGGUUGGCGACACUGCGGUCGGCAAGACGCGGCUGAUCUGCGCCCGCGCAUGCAAUAAACAUGUAUCGCUGUCGCAACUGCUCACGACGCAUGUACCGACCGUGUGGGCCAUAGAUCAGUACAGGAUUUAUAAGGAUGUGCUGGAGAGAUCAUGGGAGGUGGUGGACGGUGUGAAUGUGUCGCUGCGGCUGUGGGACACAUUCGGUGACCAUGAGAAAGACAGGAGGUUCGCUUACGGCAGAUCAGAUGUGGUUCUGCUAUGUUUCUCAAUAACAAACCCAAUAUCACUGAGGAACUGUGGGGCAAUGUGGUACCCUGAAAUAAGGAGGUUUUGCCCAAACACACCUAUCCUGCUGGUUGGAUGUAAGAACGACCUCCGCUACAUGUACCGAGAUGAGACCUACCUCAACUAUUGUAAGGAUCGCAGCCCUUUUAUCAGGGCAACAAAGAAAGCCGACCUAGUGAUGCCAGACCAAGGUCGAGCGUUGGCCCAUGAACUCGGUAUCUAUUACUAUGAGACCUCAGUGUUCUCUUACUACGGAGUGAAUGAGGUCUUUGAGAACGCCAUCAGGGCCGCCCUGAUAGCGAGGAGGCAGCAACGCUUCUGGAUGACUAACUUGAAGCGGGUUCAACGGCCUUUGUUGCAGGCGCCAUUCCGCCCUCCGCGCCCGCUGGAGCCUGAAGUGACCAUCACCCCGAGCGUGUAUCUAGAGAAUUUAACUACACUGCUCCAUCAACAGUACUACGCAGACAUGGUAAUAAUCUGCGGUUCUAAAGGCUUCCCAGUACACCGGUUUAUGAUGGCGGCAACAUCGGAGGCGUUCCACCGUCUGCUGACAGCCAGCCAGUGUAGAGACCUGACCAGGAGCUCCAGCGAGAAUAGCAUGGUGAGCAGUAUGGGUGAAGCAACAACUGGUGAAUUCAAUGAGGACACAGAAUAUCUCAUAAACCAAGACCAGGCCAAACAGAUGAGGGUUUGGGAUCAAAUCAAGCGGCGGUCGUCCUGCCAGAUCCUGCCCGUCUCUGAUGGCUGCAAGAAACCGCCAGAUCUGUACCGAGAGGUCAAUCACCUCGCCUUCCACUCGAUUAGGAUUGUUAAGUGUGAAAACGUCCAACACGGCAUGUCACCGUCACAAACCAUAGUCACCAUGAGCAAGUUAAUAUCCAAGGAAGUCAUGCAAGAGAUUAUCAACUUUAUCUACUCGGGCUACAUAGACAAUACCGCCUUCAAACAGUCUGCCCCUAUUGGAUUACUGCUGGAAAUACGCCAAGCGUCCGAGUUACUAGGGUUCCAUGAGGUGACGAAAGUGGUCCACACGAUACUCGGGAAACACCAUCUCAUCGACAAGGAGAGUAUGCAGGCUUUUCAUAAGCCGAUCCCCGACCGUCUCCGCGACAUGUACAUCGAGCGGAGCCUCUUCGCCGACGUGACCUUCGACCUCGACGACGGCAUCCAACUGGGCCACAAGGCGGUGCUGAUGGCCCGCUGCGACCCCAUGCGGGCCAUGUUCCAGGGACACUUCCGCGAGAGCACCGCUAGAGUGAUAUCGUUCCCGGGAGUGAACAUGUACACAUUCCACAAGUUACUCUGCUACAUGUAUACCGACUCGGUGCCUGCGAUCGACGCACAUAAGUGCGUGGAGCUACUGGAGUUGGCGAACAGACUGUGCAUGGAGCGACUGGUCACGCUGGUUGAGGCCAGGGUCAUCGAGGAUCUCAAGCUGAGGGACAGGGAACCUGAUUACGUCGUGGAGCUAUGUCUAUCUCUAUUGGAGCCAGUGAAGCUCCACAACGCACAUAACCUAGCCUCCUGGCUCACCUGGCACCUCUGCGGCGCCUACUCUCGCGUGUGUCGAGCACGAGCCCUGCGCGACCUGUCGCCUCUACAGCGAGACUACCUGUCCGAGAACCGACACCCGCCCGUGUGGUAUCUAAAAGAGAAGGACUACUACCAGAAGUGUUGUAACGAGCAGUCUAAGGAGCUGAAAGAGAUUCGCCCCGCGCCGCCGCCGGGACAACAUACCGGCUGUCUGUGCUUCUCUAGUAAAUCUCGUCGCUCCAGUGGCGGCGAGGCGGCGGCGGCGCUGGAGCCCGCGCCCGCGCAGCCGCCGCCGCUCUGACAACUGCCCACGUGGAGGUCGCUGCGUCUAGCAGUGCUCCUCCCGGUGAGCGUGUGCUUCAUGAGCACCAUCCUCACCAUCCUCACGCUGUUCCACAUCUACACGUAGGCGUGGCAUCGUGAACCGCAUUAGCUAUAGCCGCGUGCGGUGCGAUCUAAACAUGUAGAUAGUGGGUUGGAGCUGUAAGAAAGUC